UGGUCUCUAGGUGACGCUGUGUUGUAGCUGAUUGGCUGAUGAGGUCGUGCGGCACGUCCUGUACGUCUUCUGCUGACACGUGACAGUACCCGGAUUUUGGUGACGUCGCAGAACAACAAAGAUGGCAGGAAUAGGAAGCAGCACGUACUGGGAAGAUCUGCGAAAGCAGGCCAGACAGUUGGAGAACGAACUUGACCUGAAGUUGGUCUCUUUCAGUAAAUUAUGCACCAGCUACAGCAGCUCCAGAGAUGGACGUCGAGGAGACACGUCAGACACCACACCUCUGCUAAACAACUCUACCCAGGACAGGAUGUUUGACACCAUGUCAGUGGAGAUUGAACAGUUGCUAGCCAAACUGACUGCAGUGAAUGACAAGAUGGCGGAGUACACCAACGCUCCGGGCGCAGCUGCUCUCAACGCUGCUCUCAUGCACACGCUCCAGAGGCACAGGGACAUCCUACAGGACUACACACAUGAAUUCCACAAAACCAAAGGCAACUUUUUGGCCAUCCGGGAAAGGGAAGACCUUCUAGGGUCUGUCAGGAAAGACAUUGAGACAUACAAGAGCGGUUCUGGGGUCAACAACAGAAGAACAGAGCUGUUCCUAAAGGAGCAUGAGCAUCUGAGAAACUCAGAUCGACUGAUGGAUGACACAAUAAGCAUUGCUAUGGCAACCAAGGAGAACAUAACCUUCCAAAGGGGCAUGCUGAAAUCCAUACAGAGCAAGGUCAAUACUCUGGCCAACCGUUUCCCAGCUAUCAACAACCUCAUCCAGCGAAUCAACCUGCGAAAGAGAAGGGACUCUCUGAUCCUUGGCGCGGUGAUUGGCGUUUGCACCAUUCUCCUCCUGCUCUAUGCCUUUCACUGAAACUCAAGCCCGGUGAAGUCUUUAAAGAGGCAGGAUUCAUCUGCUCUUUGUAGCACGGAAACACUCUGGGGGCUGAGCUGAGUGAUUGGAGGACCCUGGAGGUUCCCGAGCAGAAGGACAUUAAGUUGGUCCAGUUUUGGGACAGGAGCAAAUUUUGGCCAACAUUUUCUACUGAACCUGUAUUUAGCAGCGGGGACAGAUGGCAGGUUGGUGGUUGGGUGUUCUUCUGCCAACAAGAGAACGAAGACCAAAACUACAAAUAAGACUAGAUAAAAAUAUAUAUUGAUAAAUCACUUUGAGAGCAAUUCUGUGCCACUGAAAGUGUAAAGAGACUGUGAGAUUGUGUGAUGGAUUUAUUAUUUUUUUCACAGGUGAAGGAUUUUUAGCUGAAUGGUUGUUUUUAAUUGGUGGAGUGGGAUGGAUAGUUAAUUGUGGGCUGUACAAUGUGAAUUAAUAAAUUAUUCAUAUCAGAAUGUACAUCAAAGUGUGUGACACUAGAAGAUGCUCAUUUAAAAAACAUUUUUGAAACUCUAUCAUUUGAAACUUCAUCAACAUACUACAUAAAUUUAAUGCCACCACAAGGCUCCAAUAAUAAUAAUAAUCUUAUGUUAAAAUUUAUGUGUUUUACUCGUGGAAAGUGAAUUUAUAAAGUUAAUAACAGGUGGGAUAGAGAUUCAAGAAAGUGAUAUUGAGGUUCAAAGGAAGAGUCAUUUGUAUCCUACAUUUCUACAUUCAGAGGUUCUGAGCAAAAGUUUUAAGCCACACCACAUUUCUUCAUUUUUGUUUGAAAAAUGGAAAAUAUGUGCAGCAGUUUGUUGAAACUUUAGUAAGCCUAUUGAAGUAUAGUUUAUAAGGCAAAAAAGGAGUUUGUACAGUUCCAACAAGCUUGAAAGUCAAUAUCUCGUGUGACCAGCUUUCUUGUAAUUUCUUUAGUCUUCGGGAAAGGUUCUCCAGACUUCUUGAUAGAGCUUCAAAACUCUUCUUUGGAUGUUGGAUGCCUUUUGUUCUUAGCAGAGUAUUUCGGAUCAAUAUCAUGCUGAAGGAACUGCAUGGUGGAUCAGUCUGAUGAUACUAUGGUGCAUUCAUAAUACCAUCAAUUUUGACAGGAAUCCCAACCCCACUGGCUAAAAUACAGCCCGACGAUUUGAAUAAAAACCUGUGUAAUGUGGCCUUUCCUCCCGGUUUCUCUCCCUUAAGAUUGGCUUCUUGAUAGCAGACCUUCCAUUGAGACCAUUUCUGAUGAGGCUUCAGUGAACAGUAGAUGGACAGAAAAUUAGUGAAGAAGAAGCCAAUAUCCAAAUAAAACCUUUGAAAGACCUUCAGGAAGACUAAAGCACUAUUGCUCAAGAGCAUGUUAAAA